CACAUUAUUUGCUGAGACAGGAAGCUGGGUUCACUUCUUCAGGGAGUAACCUGUAAGAUGAUCGACAGAGUAGCAGACAGUGACACACAAGACAUGGUCCAGAACAUAACAGAGACUCCGCAGUGGCUUUCCAAACUGCAGGCUGGAUGUGCUGCUCGCAAGCUUUUUGCAACUUUGGAGAAAGAGACACCUGACUUUUUCAAGACUAAAGAGGGGAUGGAAAAAAUACCCCCAAGCCUAGUUCCUCACCUGCCGCCUUCAAAGGUGAAGGAUUUGACUGAAGAUGUGUGCCCUAUCUUCCUCAUCAAGAUGGAAGAGGCCGACCUGAGCUUAUUACCUCUUCGUUCUCCGUCUCGCCCGGCACUGGUCGAGAGAGCUCUGCUCUGCCUGGCCCAGUUGCAGGGGACCAACGUAUCUGGGCUGGCCUAUGAGGAUGUGUUGCUCCUCGGACCGCUUUUAUGUGAGCUUCAGCGUUCCCAACUGCUCCUCCUGGCCCCUGAUGUCCUCAGCUCCGUCCUCCAGGACAUGGCUGGCUGCCAGUACAUUCCUCGAGGCCACAGGGCAGAAAUAAUUCAGUUGGUCAAGGACACUUUUGGGGAUCCAUCUGUUUGGACAGCUGAGACACUGGAGGCAGUGGGUCUUCUCCUCUUUUAUGAUGACGAUGCCAUUUCUGCUCUGCCCAAUAAGCCUUGGGUGAAGGACGUCCUGUAUGACCUGAGGUCUGGCCCGCAUCAUGACUCCGUCGCCCUGAGAAAGAAAUGCUUCGAUCUCACCACCACUGACAGUAACGGUGAUGUUAAACAGCCCACUGUGGAGUUGAUUGAAGAACUGGAAAUGGACAACGUCUUCUGGACAGCAGAACAGCUCGCUACAAUGUCACCAGAAACCUUCCUCGCUGCUGUAGAAAUACUCGGGGACAUCUAUGGCUGGAGGGCAGACCAACUGGCUGUGCUCAUUAAAAAAGCAAUCGAG